CGACGCUGCCGCUUGCCACUUUUAGACGCGCUAGAGCCGACGCCACCGGCACAGACCCUUGCUACCACCGUCGUCACUGUCGCCGUAGCCGUCAUCAUCGAAGCCAUUGGCCCUGCGGAAAUAGUUGACGAUGGCGCGACGGAAUUCACAGCACCGGAGACGCCAAUUCGAGGACCACAUGUGCCUCCAGAGCCCGAGAAGAGGCUCGACGCAAAUUCGGCAGCAGGACAGACAGAUUUGCAGUCGCCUCUGCCGACCGAACUCUCCUUUCCGUCCGUACUUUGCUCCGUUUCCGAGUUCGGCUCCAUCCUUUCUUUUGUCUGCGACCUGACGACCUCCGGAAGGGGACGCGGCCGAGGGCGCGAAGCAGUUGACUCGGCUGGUCGCCUCCAGCCCGACGGGCUCUCUGUUCAUGCAGAAUCUGCCGGGCAGGUUGAUCGGGACAAUGUAGGCGGCCGUCGGGUCCGGACACUUUGA